AUGGCUCUCGUCAACGUUCGCCGCGAUGUUAGCGAUGCUUUCUAUCGUUACAAGAUGGAGCGUCUGCAGACCAAGAUCGAAGGCAAAGGAAACGGUAUCAAGACCGUUGUUGUCAACCUCAGCAGUGUAGCAGCCUCACUCGCCCGUCCCGGCUCCUACGUCAUCAAGUACUUCGGUUUCGAACUUGGUGCUCAAACCAACAUUGACCCCAAGGACGACCGUUGGAUCAUCAACGGUGCCCACGAUGCUCCCAAGCUCCAGGAUCACCUCGAUGGCUUCAUCAACAAGUUUGUUCUCUGCAAAAAGUGCAAGAACCCCGAGACCGAUGUUGUGAUCAAAGAUGACCACAUUACCCUCGACUGCAAGGCUUGCGGUAAGAUCAGCGAUGUCGACCUUCGCCUGAAGCUCAGUGGCUUUAUUCUCAAGAACCAGCCCAAGAAGGGCAAGAAGGAUAAGGCCGAGCGCAGGGCUGCCAAGAAGGCCCGACAGAACGGUAAUGCUGCCAAUGGAACCAACGGUGGCAGUGAUGAAGCUUCUGACAACGGCUCAAACGAGAACGCCGACGAGGAUGCUGGCAGUGAUGAUGAGUUCCAAAAGGUCCAAGCCGAGGCCGCUGCAGCUGCUCAGGAGAACGAAGUCAAGGAGCAUGAAUGGGCUGUUGACAUGAGCGAGGAAGCUGUCAAGGCCCGCCAGGCUUCUCUCCCUGGCGAGUUCAAGGCGAAGCUCAACAUCGGCGAUGACGACGAUGAAGAUGGUGAGGGCGGUCCCACUAUCUACGAUGAACUUGGUGACUGGAUCCAGUCCCAAGCUGAGGAGAAGGGUGGCAUCGACAAGGUUGAAUCGAUCGACAUUUAUGUCAAGGCCAAGGAACUUGGUAUCGAGGGCAAGCACCGCACCGUUCUUGUUCUUGUUCAGACCAUCUUCGACAAGAACAUAGUUGCUCAAAUUUCCAAGCGUGCUAGCAUGCUCAAGCAGUUCGUCACUUCUGAGCGUCACGAGAGGGCUCUUCUUGGAGGCACCGAGCGCCUGGUUGGCACUCUUGGCGCUGAUCAUCCCGAGAUGUUCCAGUCCAUUGUCAAGAUUCUUCAGCUCUACUACCACCACGACUUGAUCAGCGAGGAGGUCGUGACCAAGUGGGGUUCCAAGGCCAGCAAGAAGUACACUGACAUCUCGACCUCCAAGAAGGUCCGCAAGGCUGCUGAGCCCUUCCUGACAUGGCUCGCCGAGGCCGACUCAGAGGAGGAGUCUUCUGACGAGGAGUAA